AAGCGCAAGCAACAGCAACCUCCUUCCUCGUUCCCGCCCUUCUGCGUCCCCUCAUCCCCGAUGCCACCGGAUUCUCUGAAACCUCCUUGCCCCGGCAGCGACGACACCGACGACUACCAGUGCCCCUCUCCUCCGCCCUCCAAUGGCAGCAGCCGCCACCUGGUAACCCCGCUCGUGGUCACCGCCUUCGUCGUCCUCUUCCUCUUCCUCGCCUCCCUGUCCAUCUACUGUUUCAUCCGCCGCAGGAGGCUCCGCCGGCAGCAGCAGCAGCAGUCCCUUCUCGCCGGCGUCCAAGAAGACGGCACCCAGCCGGCCGCCGCCGCCGCGACGGACGUCGAAGCCGGCGCUCCAGAGGACGAGGUCGUGCAGCACCACGCGUGGCACAUCCGGACCGUGGGGCUCGACGAGGCGGCGAUCGAGUCCAUCGCGCUCACGCGGUACCGACCGGGCACCGUGCUGGGCGCCGCCGACUGCCCCGUCUGCCUCGGCGAGUUCCUCGACGGCGAGCUCCUCCGCCUGCUCCCCAGGUGCGCCCACGCCUUCCACGCACCCUGCAUCGCCACCUGGCUCCGCGCCCACGUCAACUGCCCGCUCUGCCGCGCCCACGUCGUCCUCCACGACGACCCCGCAGCUGGCACGGGCGAUUCCAACGCAUCUCCUGCCGACGCCGAACAGGUUUCCAGCGGCACUGAAACCUUGGAUCACGAGCAGCCGGGUCAACGGCAGGAAGAGCUGCGCGUGCAGAUCGAUCAGUGCGACCAGUUGAGCUCGCCGGAGCCGCAGCGCCGGAGGACGCGGGAUUUUCGCCGAGUAGUUUCGAUGGAUCCGUCGGUAGUGUCCGCCAGGCAGAGCGGUAAAGAUAUCCCGGGGAACGGUGGUGGUGCCGCCUGCGGCGAGCUGCCAUCGGGCUCUGGACGUUUGUGCCAGAUGAAGAGGUCGUUGUCCGGCGGUCCCCGGUGGUCCCUCGGCUCGCGGCAUCGCCGGGCGCGCAGCUCCUUGCUCCCGUCGUGAUCACUCCUCAUUCAGCGGAAAUAUACAAUUUCCAUAGGCUGCGUGCUUGUGUGUGCAUUGUAUUCUUCAUGUAACUUUUGAUCUGAUCGUGCUUGCCAA